CGCCUUCCGCCUCCCGCUGUCCCCGGCCGCUCGGCGCAGCCGGACGGAACCUCGCCUUAGCGGGCGGACGGACCGACCGACCGGGGAAGGAGAAGCUCCCUCACCAUGAGCCCCGAGGAGAAGCCGCCACCCAGCCACUCCCGCAAUGACCGAAGGCCACCGCCGCCACCUGAGCCCGCUCCCGGCCGAGGCCGGCGGCGAGGCGGUUUCCUGACUGAGAUCCGCACGCCGAUCCGCACUGAGCCCUUCCAGGAGCGGUACAGCCUUAGCCCCGGCAGGGAGCUCGGCAGGGGGAAAUUUGCAGUGGUGAAGAAGUGUAUCCAGAAAGACACAGAAAGAGAGUUUGCGGCAAAAUUCAUGAGAAAAAGAAGAAAGGGCCAGGACUGUCGGAUGGAAAUAAUCCAUGAAAUUGCAGUCCUUGAGCUCGCACAAUGCAACCUUUGGGUCAUUAACCUGCAUGAAGUUUAUGAGACUGCAACAGAGAUGAUUUUAGUCCUGGAAUAUGCUGCUGGAGGUGAAAUCUUUGACCAGUGUGUGGCUGAAAGGGAGGAGGCCUUCAAAGAAAGAGAUGUGAAACGACUCAUGAAGCAGAUCUUAGAAGGAGUUUCGUUCUUGCACAGAAACAAUGUGGUUCAUCUUGACUUAAAGCCCCAAAAUAUUCUGCUAACCAGUAAGUCUCCUCUGGGUGACAUUAAGAUAGUAGAUUUUGGCCUUUCCAGGAUAAUGAAGAGCAGUGAGGAACUGAGAGAAAUUAUGGGCACUCCGGAAUACGUAGCUCCUGAAAUUCUGAGUUAUGACCCAAUCAGUACAGCGACUGACAUGUGGAGCAUUGGAGUCCUGGCAUAUGUUAUGCUAACAGGGAUAUCGCCUUUCUUAGGGGAUGACAAACAAGAAACAUUCUUAAACAUAUCUCAAAUGAACAUAAGUUACUCUGGAGAAGACUUUGACCUCAUAUCAGAGUCUGCUGUGGAUUUCAUCAAAACUCUGCUGGUUAAGAAACCUGAGGACAGGGCAACUGCUGAAGAAUGUCUUCAACACCCAUGGUUAGAACAGAGUGAUAAUCCUGCUUGCAGGGCCUGGAGUAAGAGCCCAGGAGAGGAGCCCAGUGAUACCACUCAGAAAGAUGCAGAUUCUGCCUCUGAAAAAUCAGUAGAUGCUGAGAAGACUGAAGAGGAAGAAUCAAUAGUGACAGAAGAACUAAUUGUAGUGGCUUCAUAUACCCUGGGACAAUGUAGGCAGUCAGAAAAAGAGAAAGUAACAGAGCAGAAGGCCAUUUCCAAGCGCUUUAAAUUUGAGGAACCAUUACUGCAAGAAAUACCAGGAGAAUUCAUUUUCUGAACUGUGUGGAGCUCCACAGCUGUAACUGGAAGGCAGCAUUUUCUACUAAACAAAAAUAUCCUAGCCAAGUGAAUUUCUGAUAUGCAAUAAAUGUUCUAGGUAAAGGAAAAUGUUGAGGAAAUGGCAUCCAAGGAAAAUGUGCCAAGUUUAUAAUUUCAUUGAACAGAUAAGCAAGACUUCAAGCGGCUGACAGGAAUUUAGCAAAGAUUUUGAACAGCUGAUUUUUGUUUGCAAUUUUUAUUUCUGGAUUAUUUUGUUGUUGGUUGUUGUUGCUCUAUAGCAGAGUUGGUUUUGUUAAUUGUUCCAGAGUUCUGGAGAAGUUGACAUUGGAAGUGUUCCAGUGGCAGGUGUCAAGUGGGUGAUUUUGGUGUACGUUGUGGCAUUUAAUGCAAAUGUGUAGUGCAGGGAUUUGUUCUUGAACACCUUCUAGCACGCCUGACUUCAGUGGAACUAUCUACUGAUCUAAAAUGUGUACAGGAGGAGAAUUGGAUCAGCUGGUUGGACGUAGGGUUUUCACAGUUACACCGUCUGUGAUUCCUUGUCAAAGACCCAGACUCCUCCGGUGUACAGCCACACAGUGACCUGUGCUUCUCUAGCAAGACAUGCACACAUCCCACAGGUAAAGAAAAAUCGGCAGUGGGGAAUGAUCACAGGAGUGAUGCUGCUUCAUGUGGGGGCACAGUGCAGCCCUGCUGGGGGAGUACAGCACAGCCCUUCUCCAGAGGGUGAUGAGUUUAAGCGAGUCACUCCUGAGAGCAGAGGAGAUAGCUCCUGUCCUCCCCGUGUUGAGUGAAAUGUGCUAAGAGAAUCCAGCUCAUUGUGACUGUGCAGUGUUGAUGAGUGGCAAAAAGAAUGACACAGGGUCUGAUGUAGCUCUGCUGAAGUUAUUGAAGUUCUCUCCACUGACUUUUCACCGUGUUUAUUCAGUUUGUCCAACUAAUGAUAAAUCAGCCCUUGAUUCCACCUCCCCCAGAUCCCAGCUGGGGUUUUACUGGGAGCAUGAGGUCAUUUCUGCCUUCUUUUUGUUCCUCUAACUGCUGCUUUAAGGAAGGAAAAAGCAACCUUAGGCUAAAUUGCAUAACCUUGUUCAAUACAGCUGUGAGAUGAGGAAGAAGAUACUGCUUCCUCUGAAAUGAAGAAGCACAACUCAUACCUCGUGCUUCCUAAUCACUCUCCCUUAGACACUUAGGAAAAACCAGCAUGUGUGUAAUGGGGCAGAGUGGGAUUGGGGAGCUCUGUGGGUGGGUCGUAGCUCUGAAUGGACACAGUCCCUCAGAGGACAAAGCUGGGACUAACUGGGCAUCAAAAUCAACUGUUUUUUACAAUGUACAGGUCUGAGGAUCUCAGACUGAGUCCUAGUUUUCUAAGAACUCUUUCAUAUUGAUGCUGUUCCAAAGUUUAUGUAAUUGAAGUUUAGUACUAUUGUAUUGCCUACUGUUAACUAUUCAACUAUUUAUUUGGUUUCCUUGUGCUGUUCCUUUAUAAUAAACCCUGACAACCUUUUCUUGCUAUAAAGCAAUGAGUAUAAACUCCUUAAGCUAGUUUUUCUGGUUUUCCAUGUUGCUCCAGGCUUUCUAAUUUCAACUGUACUAAGGAUGUUCUUACUCUUGUUAGUGACCAGGAGUUCAAUGCUCUGUGCUAGUAUUACACAAGGAAAAUGGCUUGUCAGUAACACAAGCAGUGCUGGGGUGAUCUCAUUAGCACUGCUGUGAGAAUGGGAGAGAAAGCAUCAGAAGAGAAGAAUACUGAACAAAGGCAGUGUGACACUGAAUGGAGCAAUGAGCAUUCUACAAGGCUUCAUUGCCAGUGGUCUGGUUGCCUUUGCUUGAAGCCACAUCAGAAAAAUUGCACCUAAAUUAAACUCUUCAGUUGGGCUUCUUCCCUCUUGGAUACUCAUGUAGGUAGGACAGCUUCUCACUCAUGGAAGACCUUCAUACCAGGAAACAUCCACCAGUACUCACAGCUGAGCUUGGCCGUGGUUUAUAUUGCAGUGCAGGAUUUUCUUGGAUAGCUCUGGCUGGCCAUCAGGAGAAGUUAAACAAGAAUCCUUGAGGCAGCAGAGCAGCUGUCUUGCCUGUUUCAGACAUUUUGUAGGCAUGACAGUACUCUUCAAGGGCAUCUUUCUUUUACUGCUCAGUUAUUUGCCCAAGACAAUUUGCUUGGCUGAGGGGCCAUUAAAUUACAAAGCAUUGUGCAAGAUUACAAUUUCUGGCACCUUCUAUCACCUCUGUUUUGAGACCUUUUUCCCAUUUCCACACUGCCACGCUUUUGCAAACCUCAGCAAAGCACUGAGGACAAAACUCACAUCCCACCCUUACAGAACAAGGUAGCCAUACCUACACACCUCGAUGUGUCAUACCUCAUGGGUCCUCACAGCAAAUCAUUUGAGGGGCAUAGACCUGACUGAAUUCCUAUUUGUAACCACAGAUCAGGUCUCAGAUGGAGACUGGUACUGAUGAGAGAGAGCAGAUGAGCAGCAUGCAUCUGGUCCUGCAGUUACUGGCUUUAAAUGUAUGACAGUGAUGCUUAACCUGCAUAAAUAAACUUACAUACUGAACUACAAGGCCAGCUUCCCUUGGAAUGGCUGCUUUGACAUGUCCAGUGGGCUGCAUUUCUGGGUUUCACUUUUUGUGCCUUAAGGUGGUUUUGUACAGUUGUUUUUUAAUAUUAAGAAUUUGUAUAAAGUUGUGAAAGUUUAAUAGUAUAAAUUAUAAACAAGGCAGCCGAGACUGGCCCCAGAAUGGACAGUCCUGGCUGCAGGACUGUCAGCCUGUCAGAGGUAAAGCCGUUUCUGUUCCACUGUGAGGGAGACUGAAGCUGUAAAUGAGGCAUUCUUACCCUGUGCUGCAGAGAGGGGCUGGGGAGGGUUUGAGAGGCUUAGUUACUAGUGAAGCAGGACAUGAAGACUGGGAACAAAUCACUUGCCUUGUGAAGAAGAGCUGGUUUCCUGCAGCUGCAGGAGUAUAGAGGGCUGCAGGGACAUAUGCAGUUACCUGAAAAAAGCUUGCUUAUGCCUUCAAGUGUUUGUGGGGUAGGGGUGGUUACAGAGACCGAGUCAACUCCUCAGACCUUGUGGUCAGUGCUCUGUCCCCACGCUCCAGACUGGGUUUCUGCUGGCUGCCUUCAUAAGGCUGGGAGCAUGACUGCUGUUUGCUCAAGCGCAGGAAGCUGUAGAGAAUGGAAGUGCAUAUGUGCUUGGAGCUUGCUGCAGAGCUGCUAUUGCUAUGGUUCUGAUGCAAGACAUGAGCUCUGUCUAGGCAGGGUAGGUCCAGGCCUGUGUCUCUGUUGCAGUUGUUGGAAUUAACAGCAAACAUCUGGUUGAAAACAAAGCCUUACCUCCUCUUGCUAAGUUCAGCUUUAAGCGAGAGGCUGUAAAUGUCAUAGCCAUUAAACUAAAAGUUCUAGAAAAUAAUCUGUUUGGUUUGUUGUUUGGGGUUUUUUUGGUCCAAAGCUAAAUUUGAAUUUUGGUUUGUUCCACUUCUUACACCUUUUACCUGAGGGCCCCUAAAUACAAAAGGAUGAAUUCCAUCUUGCAAUCUUCCAGGUGAAGCUGGAGAGCUCUUAGGUAGGAAAUGCAAAUUAACUUCCCCUUUUCCACUGGUGGUGCUGGCAGGGGCCAGGAAAGAACGUGAGCCUUGCACCAAUUGAUUCCAUGGUUUAAGAGCUCUCUCAGAUAUUUGAUGUUGCUGUUCCUGGAAGACAGUUCAACAUUUUAAAGAAAUAGUGCCAGUUCAUUGUACUUCAUUGACAAGGUGUUUGGUGUUUCAGGAAUUUUACAAUAAAAGACAUUUUGU